AUGAACGGGAUAGAAGCCCUGGCAGCAUCCCGGCAAGAAAGGGAAGGAGAAACCCAGAGACGACGGUCAAUCCUGACUUUGUGGAAAGGAAAGCAUCACAAGAAAGUUGCUCGUCAUGAAGACCACCAAGACGGAUCCCAAAGUGACAUUUCCAAGGGAAAACAGCCGCAAAGGGAAGUGCCUGAACAGCAAGUGCCAGAAACCCCGCGCGGCGGCGUGCAUGUCCCCACCGCUAUCCCAACGCUAGGAACAACGCGCGCUGGCUCACAUCAGAAUCCCACACUAGGAUUGGUCGAAGAUGCCAUCAUCCAGGUCAACCAUCUCCAAGACAAAACAGUCAAGUCAUGGCAGACUAUCGACUCCGUGCUGAAGGCGAAGACUGCCGGUAUGCCCAUGAUCAAAUCACAAGUAUACGCUCUCGAGUGCAGAGACAUGGCCGAGACAUUAUAUGAGUAUAUGAGCAAGGCCCUCAAGGAGAUGAUAUCGACACGAGGUCAGAUACACGAAGCUUUCGAGCGUGAUCCUGGCCUUCGGAAUCACCACCAAAUCCGGUGGAUAUCGGCCGUGCAGGCCGAAACAAAGGCUCAAGACAUAAUGCGCCUAUACAAGGCCCUUGCAGCGGACAUCAAUCAAACCCUGGGUGCAUAUCACAUGGCCCGCUCGACAGCCAUGAUGAACAGAGAGACCUUUACACACACAAAGUUGAGGCAGAUCGAGAGCGCCGCUAGAGAACGCCGUCCAAGCCGAGUGCCCCAAACCCAGUCUCCGGAAAGCCAGUACAUCGCCCGAACUGCAGUGCCACUCACAGGACCAGCAACUCCUGGGUAUGCGGGACAUCCCAACCCCAUAGCUAUGGAGGUCCAGGAGGGCGGAGAGCAAUCCCCUGAUAUCCCACUCGUUAUGGAAAUGCCGCAUUUUCCGCUGAACCUUCCUCCGAAGAAGACAGGACCAAAGAUAUCAGACAACAUCCCCACCAGUUCACCUAGUAUCAAUCGUACUAUUUGCAGCGGGCAGCAGACGGAAGAGAACACGAAGCAAGGACGGCCAGGUGCAUUGGCCACGAAGAAGAUGCAUAUUUUCAGAACGCUCUUGCGAGCCGGCUGA